AUGAACGUGUCGCCUCCAGACCGCAGGAAAAACGUGCGAGAACUGGCUUUGGAGAUUGGCAUCAGAGUUCUGCUUUUCGGAGUUUUUGUAUUUACAGAGUUCCUGGAGCCCUUUGAGAGAGUGAUUCAACCAGAGGAGCUUUGGCUCUACAAGAAUCCUCUAGUUGAGUCGGACCACAUUCCCAAGAGGGUCAUGUUCGCGAUUUCAUUCCUCACUCCACUGGCAGUGAUUUUUGUGGUGAAGAUAAUUCAGAGGACGGACAAGACAGAGAUAAAAGAGGCUUGUUUAGCUGUAUCCCUGGCUCUCGCUCUAAAUGGAGUCUUCACAAAUACUAUCAAGUUGAUUGUUGGCAGACCAAGGCCAGAUUACUUCCAGCGCUGUUUCCCAGAUGGACAAGUGAAUGCAAAGAUGCUGUGCACCGGGGAGCCAGGGCUAGUCUCCGAGGGGCGCAAGAGCUUCCCAAGCAGCCACUCCUCCUUUGCAUUCUCAGGUCUCGGUUUCACCUCCUUCUACCUGGCGGGAAAGUUGCAGUGUUUUACGGAUCAGGGUCGCGGGCGCAGCUGGCGUCUCUGUGCUAUGGUGCUGCCUCUUUACAGCGCCAUGAUGAUCGCAUUAUCCCGGACCUGUGACUACAAACACCACUGGCAAGACGCCUUUGUUGGAGGAGUGAUCGGGUUGCUGUUUGCGUACAUCUGCUACCGCCAGCACUACCCACCCUUUCUGCACAUGGACUGCCACCUGCCUUACGCCAGCCUGGCUGCCGCCACACACGCACCCUCGCAUCCUCAGGACGACCCGCAGCCCACUGAUAAUGCCACCACCCUUCCCCUGGAAGGCUUGACUGAAGGGCCAGUAUGACUAGUGGCCACCACUGACACUACCCCCAACACCUUCACCAAGUCACCAAGCC